UAUCGUCAUCGCCACUCAGCUGUUACGUAGCGUGCUUGUUACGUCGUAAUUUUUGUGCGGAAAAACCGCAGUUUUCAUUGGCGCUAAGAAAAACAUAAAUAAUGUCUGUGCCAUUCAGUGGCGCAUUGCGGCGUUCCGGCGGCAUUGUGUCCGCCAUUGGCAAGCAGCUGAAGAGCGUGAAUUUGAAGGGCGUCAAGCGGAUAACCGUGCAGUUCGAUCCAUUCGCGGAAAACGUCAAGUCCACACGAGAAUUCCUCUUCCUGCUCUCCACACCCAAAGUGGCAGGCACGAAUCCCAAGUGCGUGGUCAAGCCGGAAAUCGUCUGCGAUCGCCAGCCAGCCAACAUCAAGUUUGCCCUGAUUGAGUCAGCGCAAGAACAAGCCAAAGUCAAGGAGAUCCGCUUCAACAGCGAUAACCUGAAUACACUUGAGCUGCUGCAGCUGUGCAACAAGCACGUGUCCAGCUUGGCACCGCGGGAGGAGAUCACCAACAAGGUCCUGACCAAGGCGGAGAAACAGAAGCUUGCAGGAGGCGCCGGCGGCGGAAAGAAGGCAACCAAGAAGAAGUAACCAUCAGGAUGGUGAGGAAGCACAAAGGAACUUUGGCGGUGAUCGAGAAGAUCUACCAGGAUAUACCCGCCUUCUCCGACAUCUUCACCGAGGAGAGCUUCUACAUGUUCGCCUUCUGUUUCGUGUGCGCCACCAUUCUGGUGGCAUUCAUUCUCUCCCGGUUCAUCACCAUCAAGCCCGUCGAUUUCUGAGCAAAAUGUCUUGUCUAAUUCCGCACACGUACUUUUCAAAAUAUAUAAGCUCUAACAUGUAA